AUGUCGAAGAACGCCAACCAGGGUUCACAUCCGACGGGUGACUCUGGAGAGAAGGGCCGGUACGAGUACACUCAAGCUCAUGCUCCAGGGUCUGGUACUGUAGUCGAUGAUAAUUACGUUGGUAUGGCCAGCUCGAGCGUCGCCGCUACCGUGGGAACCCAGACCGUCGGAAAAGCACUUGUUAGCGAGACUGGAACUGGAGCAAGCAUGACCCAGCACGAGCGUGAUGAUUCACUCCGUGGCAUGGGGUCGCAAUUCGAUUCCGCGCCUGAUGUCGGCCAUAUCAGCGGGCAUUCCGCUACUGACUACCAGCCUGGUCGUUAA